ACUUUUUUAACAUACUGCAUGUUAACAAUCUCUAAAACCUGCCUAAACUAUUUACAGUAUAUAUCACUUUUCAAAACAGACGCAAAGUGCUUCAGAAUGAAAGCAAUAAAAAUGAAUAAAUUGAAAAUAAAAAGGAAUAUUACCUCAUUUAAUCAUAAUUUUCAUACAGAAAUAUAUUGAUUUAUAUUGAUUCAGAUUCAUAAUGAGUCACGAGGAAUAACAAGGUGUCAGUGUAUUGUAUUGAUUUGGGGUUGGUUGUUUCUUUUUUUCUUAAGUCAUUUUCACUGUCUGAAUAUCUUAUGAAAGAGCCAAUACAUUUUGCAUUUGUUGUACGUGCACUGCUGAACACAAAAACCCCUUAGUUUUAAACAUGAAUGCAGUGUAUGAUACCAGACAGAAGAUGGAGACACACAUGCAAAAUUAAACAUGUAUGUUUCAUUGUCUUUAUGGUUUUACCAUAAUGUCCUUUAGGCUACAUAAAGAAAACAAUGACAAAUGUGAUUUCUCCAAGAGUCUAAUAAAUGGUAAAUAAUAUAAAUAUAAAUGUAAACGCAAACAAACAUAAUAUUGAAUGUCUCUGUCACAGAAUAAGCACCAAUAAAUGUCUCUUAUAAGAAUAAGAAAAAGCUGCUAGAAGCACCUCAGGGCUUUUCUGGUCCUUUAACCCCGCCCACGCGUUCAGCCUCCGGGCUGUCGUGUCAGCUGUGUUUUUACCCUGUUGUUGUCUGCAGCCUCUGAAAUACCUCUAUACCUCAACAUGUUGCAGUUAUCUAAGCAUGUGCUCUUUCUGAUGGAGGAAAGCCUGUAAGGCAAGACAAGACUUCCUUUCCUUCCUGCAGAGACGUGCGACUCCAGAGGGGCAACAGGUGUUCACGAUACCAGCAGUUUUGUCUCCAGCAGUCCUCUCCCACAUCCACCACUCAGCUAUGGCUGGUGAUGUUCUGCAACGCUUCAGCACCUUGACCUUGAACAUCAAGCACCUCCGCUGGCUCCCCCCUCUGUCAGACCUCGUCCCUGCCUCGGUGCCGUCGCCCAGCCCCACCGUCACCGCCUACCAGGUGCCCAGCCUGUUCCGAGAACCCUACAUCCUCUCAGGCUACCGCCCCGUCCGGCAGGAUUGGCGCUGCUACCUCCUCAGCCUCUUCCAGAGACACAAUGAGUCCCUGAACGUGUGGACUCAUUUGCUUGCAGGUCCUGUGCUGCUGGUCCGCUGGUGGGCCAACGUAGUCACCCUGGGGUACACCUUGGACGCAGCAGCUCUACCUCUGAGCCUCUUCUUGGUGUCUUCUUUCAUCUACCUGUUCUUCAGUGUUGCAGCUCACCUCUUGCAGUCUCACUCGGAACGGGCACACUACUUCUUCUUCUUCAUGGACUAUGUGGGUGUAGCUGUGUAUCAGUAUGGUUGCUCACUUGGACAUUAUUUCUACACGUCAGAGGCAGCGUGGAGGGAAAGCUACAUAGGGCUGUUGUUUCUACCCGGAGCUGCCUUCUUUGGGUGGUUCUCCUGUGCUGGCUGCUGUUUCGCCAAGUCCAGGUACAGGCGGCCGUACCCACUGCGGCGUAAAAUCUGCCAGCUUAUCCCUACAACCCUAGCAUACCUGCUGGACAUCAGCCCCGUAGCCCACCGCCUGUUCACCGUCUCCUGGACACAAGAGCCCUCCCUGCCCUUCCACGCCCUCCAGAUUUCCUCCUUCCUGCUGUCCGCCCUCUUCUUCUCCUGUCCUAUCCCCGAGCGCUUCUUCCCGGGCCGCUGCGACUUUGUGGGCCAGGGUCACCAGAUCUUCCACCUGUUUCUGUCCCUGUGCACCGUGUUCCAGCUGGAGGCUUUGUUCCAGGACUACGCCAGGCGGAGGGAUACGGUGGUGGAGGUAUUUGGAGAGAGACAGCUGUGGUGGGGUUGUGUGUCCUUCCCCGUUCUGUUUCUGUGCUGCAUCCUGACAGCACUCAUCACAAUGAGGCGCACGAACAAACAACUGCAGGGUGAAGAAGAGAGAGACAAGUGACAUGUUUGUGUUAGCAUGUGUUUAUGUGGGUGUGUGUGAGAGAGAGAGAGAGAGAGAGAGAGCAAAAGAAUGAGUAGGGUUUAAAUAUACCAAAUAAUAAUAAAUUAAGCCAUCUUUGUAUGUUUUUGAUAAACAAUCAGUUUGUGAAAAAUGUGACAUUUAAAGUAUUUGCAAGAUAAAACUGUCUAAAAGUUUA